ACGUUCUUGGGCGUCGAUAAGUGGUGUGAGAUGUUCUUUCGGGAAAGGGACCACGAAGCUCUUGUACUGAAAACCAUAAGAAUUUCCUGAAGUUCCAAACUGUAUUCAGCGGGUUAAGCGGGUGUAUCCAGUAUUUCGCGACGCAUUGAAAACCACAAGGUUUCGUACACGCAGCAACUCACCGCCUUUUCCAUCUCAUCUACGAGAGCCGGGUUACCGAUACGAGACCUGUACAUCCCAAAGUCGAUAGGAGGAGGGUUUUCUGGAUACUGGAAAACUCUAAAAGUGAAGAAAAGUAACGUUACUUAUUAUGCUAUUCCAUUUGCGGCAGUCGAGAUGCAAAAUUAUGCCGCAGUAGCCGAUGCACGACAUCCUAAGCAGAAGCGAGAUUACCUCCUCAAAUAUCCAUCAGACUUGGUUUUAAACACUUGAAAUUGUUGCCUUUGGGCUGCCGGUACCCUUUCCGAAAAAGCCGCCCAAUUAAUUGCGGACUUAGAAAUCCUUUUCGCAGCCAUCUCUAACGAUGAGAAGGUCACCACAAAAGUGAAAUGUGUAACGGCUUGGAUUGAUUUUUCGUGCCAUAAAACAAGCCGUCUGCUAUUGACGACGGGAGUUGGGUGCUCACUUUCCGAAGUUUUCUGGCCUUUCUGGCAUAUUAUCUACGGUUUAUUUAUUGGCAUUUUAUUUUAUAAAUAAUUGUAAUUAAUGUUUACGAGGUUCAAAAUACACUGAUCAGCAGUGAGAAAAAAAGAAAGAAAAACAGAACAAAAGAGAAAAGAGGAAAAGAGUUAUUGUCGUAGCAGCCUCGGUUUCGCAUCUAGGUGUACGCUAUGCGCGCCGUGCAGAUAUUUAAAAUUAUUCAAAUGACAAUGACAUCACUACGUAGUUCUGUGUGUCACAAGCAAACUUUUCAUAAAAGUUUAUUAUACACGAUUGAGUUUUGCUACUCGGGAACCUCUUGCGGUGGAAUUUCUAACUACGGGUACAGGGGUACACCAAAGAUGGCGGAAAAGGGUGCGAACUCCUGCGAUGGAGAAGCGUCAGCCGAAGAAAAUGCAGAUUCCGCCUCGAAAUCUCCGCUGAACAAGCAAUGGGUGAAAUUAAACGUCGGUGGUACCUGCUUUCUGACGACCCGUACUACUCUCUGCCGCGAUCCAAAGUCCUUUUUGUAUCGACUAUGUCAAGAAGACCCGGAGUUGAGCUCUGACAAGGAUGAAACCGGCGCCUACUUAAUUGACCGAGACCCCACUUACUUCGGACCUAUCUUAAAUUAUUUACGGCAUGGGAAACUCGUCAUAAACAAGGACCUAGCUGAAGAAGGGGUGCUGGAAGAGGCAGAGUUCUACAACAUCACCGAGCUCAUCAAGCUCGUGAAGCGGCUCAUCCAAGAGCGCAACCAGCAUCACAGAGCGCGGGACGCCAAGAAGCAUGUGUAUCGCGUGCUCCAAUGUCACGAGGACGAGCUCACCCAAAUGGUUUCCACAAUGUCCGACGGGUGGCGCUUCGAACAGCUGAUCAACAUCGGCUCUUCGUACAACUACGGAAACGAGGACCACGCCGAGUUCCUGUGCGUGGUGUCGCGCGAGUACCCCGGCGCAACUCCCAACGCCACGGAGUUCGAGCCCACCGAUCGUGCACAGCUGAUCCAGCAGAAGGCUGCCCGCAUGUGAGGCCACUCAACCAAAGCCCCCACCUCACCUCCUGCUGUUGAUGGGCCAUUAUCUGUGAUAGCAACAAAAGAAUCACAGCCAGUGCAAUGCGUGCCGGGGAGACGCAGUAGAAGUCUUAGCACCACACACACACACACACGUUCCGUUGUGCGUCGGCCGUUACGUCAGCCUAGUGCCAAGUACCAAAGACCCCCCUCCUCCUCCUCCUCCCAACUCAAGAAUCUCCUGGGAACACCGAGUCAUCGCAAGUUUUUUCUAGGAAGACUUUUCCGCCGCCACGUGUUAUUUUUUCGUUGUUGGCCGUCAACUCAUCAGCUCCCAGCAUUUCUGUGUUGUCGUUGUCACUCUGAGUGUAACACCGUCUUGCUAAUAAAACCGGUCGAGAACGA